AUGAAGCUCCCCAUAAUCAGCCGAGUUACAAUGCUUUUCAGCAUUUUAGCGCCUGUAAGUUCGAUGUCGACUUAUGCAAUUCCCGAACCCGAACUAGUGCCCGGCGAAAAUGAACCAUUCAGCUUCUUGUGCCCAAAUAAUCGGUGGUUCGACAAGUCUUUUCUCGAGGAAAUAGCCCUGAUAGGCAAACAAGCUAUAGAAAAUGGAACUAAAGAUCGUGGAUUUCCCGCACGAGUAUUUGCCCUUACUUACGACGUCGACGGAGAUGUAUGGUACUAUCCUAUCGAUGAAAACCGAGGCGAAUUUGUUGUAUUCUUAAGAACCGGGCGAGUUGUGGGCGCAGGUUACUCAGCGGCUACUACUGAUGACGAACGUUAUUUGCACCCCUGUCAACUCCAAAUGGUAAUUACCUCCCUGUUCAUCCUUCUGACGAAGAUUGGCACGGCUAAAAAUCCAAAUCAGUGA